AUGAAGAGCGUGUACAUUCUGGCUGCGGCCGCCUCCGUGGUUACCGCCCACCUCCAACCCAACCCCGAGGACUGCAUCUGCGAUUUCACCGAUGCCUGCUACCUUCGCGUCAAGAACCUCGCCAACCGCGCCGAGUUCUGCGCUUCGAUCGAGUUCCCCAGCUGCGACCUCUCCCCUGUUGAUGAUGUUUGCAACAACCGACAAGAUGCCAUCAACGCCUGCGACUGCGUGCCCCAGGAGACUGCCAGCACCACCUCCGCCUCCGAGACUGCCUCUAGCACCGUAUCCGUGAGCCAGUCUACUUCUGAGACUGCCUCCGCUUCCACCUCCGAGACUGCUUCCGCUUCCACCUCCGAGACCGCCUCCGCCUCCACUUCUGAGACUGCCUCUGCUUCCACUGAGACUGCCUCCGGCUCUGCUUCCACCACCGAGACUGCUUCCACCACCGGCUCCGUCACUGGUUCUGCCUCCACCACCGAGUCUGCCCCUACCAGCACCGCCACUGAGGACUGCGACUGCGACUACGAGGACAAGUGUGUCGUCGCUGUUGUUGGUCUUGGUGACUCCGCCGCUGAGUUCUGCGCCACCCUUGAGCAGCCCGGUGCCAACCUCUCCGUCCUGAAUGGUGCUUGCGAUAGCCAGGUUGAUGCUGUCUACGCUUGCGACUGCCGCACCUCCAAGACCACCACCGCUCCCACUCAGUCCGCUACCACCUCCGCCACUGCCUCCGUGAGCGAGUCCGUCUCCACCACCGAGACUGCUUCUCAGAGCUCCGGCACCGAGACCGCCACUGAGACUACUGGUACUGAGACUGCCUCUACCGGCACUGAGACUGCCACUGAGCCCACUGGCACCGCUUCCACUGAGACUGGCACUCAGACCUCUGGCACCGAGACCGCUACCGAGCCUACCGGUACUGAGACCGCCUCUACCGGCACUGAGACUGCUACCGAGCCCACCGGCACUGAGACCGCUUCCACCGGUACCGAGACCGCUACUGAGCCUACUGGCACUGAGACUGCCUCCACCGAGACCGGCACCCAGACCACUGGUACUGAGACUGCUACCGAGCCCACCGGCACUGAGACCGCUUCCACCGGUACCGAGACCGCUACUGAGCCUACUGGCACUGAGACUGCCUCCACCGAGACCGGCACUCAGACCACUGGUACCGAGACUGCUACUGAGCCUACUGGCACCGAGACCGCUUCCACUGGUACCGAGACUGCUACUGAGCCUACUGGCACUGAGACCGCCUCUACCGGCACUGAGACUGCUACCGAGUCCACCGGCACUGAGACCGCUUCCACCGGUACCGAGACCGCUACUGAGCCUACUGGCACUGAGACUGCCUCUACCGGCACUGAGACUGCUACUGAGCCUACUGGCACCGAGACCGCCUCUACUGAGACCGGUACCGAGCCUACUGGCACUGCUACUGAGCCCACUGGCACCGCUUCCACUGAGACCGGUACCGAGCCUACUGGCACUGCUACUGAGCCCACUGGAACUGAGACUGGCAAGACCACCGAGACUGGCAAGGGCCACACCACCACUUGCACCACUGAGACUGAGUCCAAGCCCACCAAGGCCCAGACUACCCCCUAUGAGUCUCCUUACACCACGAAGACCAUCUACACCACUCAGACUCACACCUACACCAAGUGCCCUCCCUACGUCACUGACUGCCCCAACGGUCCUCACGGUCCUUACACCACCACUGAGACUAUUGCUGUUUCCACCACUGUCUGCCCCGUCGAGGAGCAGUACACCACCAAGACCAUCUACAGCACCAAGGUUUACACUCUUACCAAGUGCCCUGCCUAUGUCACUGACUGCCCCAACGGUCCCAACGGUCCUUACACCACCACCAAGACCUACCCCGUCUCUACCACCGUCUGCCCCAUCACUGAGGAGCACCCUGCCAAGCCCACUGCUUACUCUCCCCCUGAGAAGUACACCACCAAGACCAUCUACAGCACUAAGGUCUACACCAUCACCAAGUGCCCCGCCUACGUCACUGACUGCCCCAACGGCCCCAACGGUCCUUAUGUCACUACUGAGACUGUCCCUGUCUCUACCACCGUUUGCCCCGUGACCGAGGAGCACCCCGCGAAGCCCACCGUCUACUCUCCUCCCAAGGGUGCCACCACCCUCUACAGGACCCAGACCUACACUAUCACCAAGUGUGUUGGUGAUGAUGAGGACUGCUACCCCGGCAAGGUCACCACCACCUGCUACCCCACUGGCACUGCUGAGGUUCCUUCUUACACCACUGUCAUUGUUCCCGGUGGUGAGAAGCCCGGCUACGAGCAGCCUUCCAAGCCCGGCUAUGAGACACCCGAGACUCCCGAGACCCCUGAGACUCCCGAGACUCCCUCCAAGCCCGAGCAGCCCGCCAAGCCCGGCUACGAGACUCCUUCCAAGCCUGAGCACGAGGAGCCUUCCAAGCCCGUCUGCCCUGGUGGUGAGAACUGCCCCGAGGAGCCUUCCAAGGGCCAGCCCUCUGCCACUCUCCCCUACAGCCAGCCCACCGAGACUGGUGAGGCUCCUAUCACCCCCGUCACCGCGGGUGCUGGCCGUGCUGGUGUCUCUAUGGCCGUCGCUGCCAUCGGUGUCUUUGCCGUCCUUCUGUAA